CUGCUCUUGAAGACCGCCUCCAUGGACCCACAGAAUCUGGAGUACAUCAACCAGCUACUCGACAAGGAUGUCGAGCUCAGAGAAAAAAUCAAGGACCAAGUGACAGAAUUUGACAAGAAGACACGGACACUGACCGGCCUUCUCAACAAGAUUCAUUCGACACCCCCAAGUCAAGUGCCGGAACUGGUCGCUACCGUGACCCCCGUACUGCAAAGCUGCAAGGAAACUACAGCGGCUUUAGCUGAGUUAACACCACCGAAUCAGUUCUGGAGGUGGAAAGAUAUGUGGUCAGUAUCCCUGCGAAAUGCAGUGUUCUCAGCAGCCUUCGUGGAGUACUUGCGAAGCGGGGGGCUGCUAUCGUUGCCUCGGGCAGCGGAAACGCUAGGCAUCAAGGAUGAAUGGCAGGACAGGUUUACACUGAGCGCCGAGGACUAUCUUCAUGCCCUCAUUACUAUGGUCAACGAGCUGUCUCGUCUUGCUGUAAACUCGGUCACAAUGGGUGACUUCGAGCAACCUCUCAAAAUCUCCACCUUUGUCAAAGACCUCUUUGCGGGGUUCGCCAUGCUGAACCUGAAAAAUGAUGCGUUGCGUCGGCGUUAUGACAGCCUGAAAUAUGAUAUCAAAAAGAUUGAGGAAGUUGUUUACGAUGUCUCGUUGAGGAAGCUUGCGCCUGUCCAGACGGACAACACGUGAAAUUUGUCUUCUUUGACAUCGAAUUUCUAUUGUACAAUUAGGGACUAGACCGAAAAUUGUGAAGCAUCAUGUAGAAAUCGAGUACUAGACUGUAUAUCCGAG